AUGGGAACCUCUUCUGAAGAAAUUGAGAAAUGUGUGAAGCAUUUGGAAUCUGGACAACACAUUCAUCGAUCGUUGAACCGUCUUCUCCGCCUGGAUGCUUCAUUAUCACAAUUUACUUCGUAUGGAGUCAAACAUUUAGCGAUUCGGUAUUCAAAAAAUUCUGAGUAUAAGACUGUUUCCAAUGAUCUUCUAUCCAAGAUUCAGAAGUUGGAGGACGACUCCGUUUUUCGGAAACCGUAUAACACAAGUCAUCCUUCACAUCAGAAUCGACGACGUAAUGCUUCGACGAGUUUGAGUUCUUCGAAAUCUCAUUCAAAACUUCCCAAAAUCUGUACUCCAGAAGAUGACCUUCCUUCGUUAGAACCCUCAUCAAAAUCAUCAUCUGAAUCUUGUGUAGUAACUCAAAAGAAUGUUAUUGAGGUCACUAAACUCAAAAAUCUGGAAGAAAGUGACUAUGACCGUGUUCGUCCAACACUUGUGACACUUUCAGCAAAACAACUCAAGUCGUUUAUGGAUCAGAAUCCCCGAAUCGAAUUGAUUGGAGAUGGAUUAUUCAGAAGACAUUGUCAGAUGGAUUGUCCAGAAGAAGUUCCGAAGAAGUUGAUAACAGAAACAUGGAGAACUCUUCAUGAUGUAUUUAUCAAUUGGAAGUUGUACCAGGAAGCAAAAGUUUGGGAGAAGAAAAUCAAUGAAGGGCUCGAAAAUUAUGUAAAAAUGAAAACUGAUACUCAAUAA